CCCCUCACCAGCCCAGCCCCUCCUCUCCAAUGGGGCCUUGUCAACCCAGCCCUCAUUGGCUACACGUUUCCUUGGAGACUGACACCAGCUACUCAAACACAGGCCCCAGAACUAUGGGAAGAAUCUUUCUUUCUUCCCUCCCUGACCCUCCCCAGCCAUGAGGGAAGUGUCAUUCUCCCAGAACCAGGCCUGCUGGCAAGAGCACAUCCAAAAAGAGACUGCUGCCCGGGUUGCCUGGAAUAUCCACUAUGGCCACAAGUUCCUGAAGAAGGGGACCAGGGCCAAAAAACAGCCCAAGCAGGCCCCCUUCAGAUCAGCCCCAUUCUUUGGGUGGGGUGGUGCUGGCGGGAGGAUGGUGAACCCUGGUCACCCAGGUCUCUGCUGUGUUCCAGGGGAUGCCAUGAAGAACUUCACAACAUCUCCGUAUGCCAGGACCCAGACCAUUGCAAAGACAUUUUACCUCAAAAGUAGCAUCUUCCAUUUACCACGGCGAACAGACCAGCUCAUGUGAAGUUGGCUGGGGAAGGGCCCUCAGCUGCUACUUUCCUUCCUCCUUGAUCUAUCUGGAUCCUCCAGGGGACAUGCUACCAGCUAAC